AAGAGUGAGAAAAAAGCAAAACAAAAGCGCACCGAGACGGUUUGCGCCAAAACAACUCAAAUUUACCGAACGACCACAGAUUUUAAGGUGUUCUAUCAGUAUUAAGUAUAAAAGUAGGGUUUUUUUUCUGGAAACACAAUGCCACGACCAUCGCAAUCGCAAAGUCAACGUUCGGAAGCGGAGCGCAGCAUUUCGUCACAACCCGUUGACGAAACCCAUUUGAUCCGAAACAUGGUAAAAACGAUACUGAAUUUGUCCAUCAACAAGUCGGUUAUCAAAAGGUCCGACAUCAGCAGCAUCGCCCUGAAAGGGGAAAACCGGCUUUACAACAGACUAAUCCCAGAAGUAGCCGAUAUUCUCUCUGAGGUGUACGGAUACCGGCUGGUAGACGUUGAUAGCAAAGGCCAAAAGACGAUGAUCUUGUGCUCGACGGUGGAAACCAGCUCGUUCGCCGAGCUCAACGAAACCUACCGCCGCCGGUACACGCUACUGUUUGUGAUAUUGGGCUACAUAUUCAUGAAAAAUGGAACCGUGCCGGAAAGCAUGCUGUGGGACUUUCUGCAAACGAUCGGCAUCGAUGGCCAGCAGGAGCAUGUCUACUUUGGUGAACCGAAGAAGCUGCUCGAACUGUUCAUCAAGCAAGCGUACGUUAGCCGCUUUAAACAGUCGAUGGAGGGUAUGAACGAGGAGAGCAUGUUUCUAAGCUGGGGUGUCCGGGCGAACAAUGAAGUGUCGAAGAAGGAGCUGCUAGAAGCAAUGUGCAAGCUGAUGAACCGGAAACCGAGCGACUUCAAAACACAGUACAUCGAAACGCAAGGAUUGGCCGAUGAUAUGUCGGUGGAUGGGGAUAAUGAGUCGGUGGAAGAGCUCGAAUGAGGAAGCGUGCUUGGUAGCGAAGGCGUAAAAGCUGGUUUUUCCGACCGAACCAUCAACAUCAUCAUCAAGCUCGUUAUCACGCUCUCUCUUUGUGUUGCAUAUUAUCGCAUAUUAUAUUUACAUUUAUUAAGCUUCGUGUGGGCAUAUGUUGUGCGCACACACACACACAGACACACAGAUACAGACAGUUCUAUUUAAAACAAACAAUUCUCAGUAAACUCACCGGUGGUGGCAACCAGCUGAUUCGUGGGUGCGGGAUUUUAAAUAAAAGCUGCCAGACGACGAGAGCGCGCGCGUAUUCGAGAACCUAACGCGGGCGCCUAAACGUG